AUGGCAGCAGCCAAGCAGUACCAUGAUGCCAUCCGACAGCAGAAGAAAGCCCAUUGGGAGAACUUUCUGGCAGACAACGAUAACAUCUGGAAGGCAGCCAUGUACCUUAAAUCGGGUAAGGAAUCAGCGUUCGGUAGGGUACCACGACUCACACGAGCCAAUGGCACCCACACAACCUCCAAUGCAGAACAGGCCGAGGAGCUUCUGACUACAUUCUUUCCACCUCUGCCGCAGCAAAUUGAAGAGGAGGACGAGCACUCCACGCGGACGGCCGUAGCCAUGCCUGACCUUACAAUGGAGGAAGUAGAGAGGCAACUGAUGGCGGCGAAACCGUGGAAGGCACCUGGCAAAGACGGUUUACCAAUGGUGGUAUGGCAGAAGGUCUGGCCCGUGGUCCAGCACCAUGUGGUAGCGCUGUUCCAGAAAUCGCUUGAUGAGGGCGCGUUACCGCAUCAGUGGCGACACGCGAAGAUCAUUCCGCUUAAGAAAAGUGGCAAGGAAGACUAUGGCAUCGCAGGCUCUUGGCGUCCGAUAUCGUUACUAUGCACACUGGGCAAAGUGUUAGAGUCCGUCAUUGCGGAAAGACUCUCCCACGCAGUGGAAGCAUUUGGGCUUCUCCCCACUAACCAUUUCGGAGGACGUAAGCAAAGAUCGGCGGAGCAUGCGCUGUUGCUUUUGCAGGAACAAAUAUUCGCAGCCUGGCGGGGAAGAAGGGUGCUUAGUCUUGUCAGCUUCGAUGUGAAAGGGGCAUAUAAUGGCGUGUUCAAAGAUCGACUGCUCCAAAGGAUGAGGACAAGAGGUGUACCGGAGAAAAUUGUGCGUUGGACCGAAGCCUUCUGCUCUGAUAGAACGGCCUCCCUCCAGGUCAAUGGUCAAGAAUCCGACGUACAGGAUCUGCCCCAAGCGGGUUUGCCGCAGGGCUCACCUUUGUCUCCUAUAGCAUAUCUGUUUUUCAACGCAGAUCUGGUCCAACGCAAGAUCGAUGCCAACGGAGGCGCAAUUGCAUUCAUUGACGACUUCACAGCCUGGGUCACUGGUCCAACGGCACAAAGCAACCUGGAGGGAAUUCAAUCGAUCGUCGAACACGCAACAGACUGGGAACGGCGCAGCGGAGCGACGUUCCAGGCGAAGAAGACUGCAAUUAUGCACUUUACUCGGAAUGCACAAAAAUUAGACACAACACCCAUCAUGAUCAAAGGGGAGAUGGUGAAACCCAAAGGACAUACCAAGAUUCUAGGUGUGGUGAUGGACACUCGGCUCAAAUUUCGACAGACGCCUAUCGACAAAACAUCGUGA